GCAGACCUCGGCCGGGCGCUCUGUAUCAUCACCGGGGCCUCCAGGGGCUUCGGCCGGACCGUAGCGAGGGAGAUGUCUCGGCUGGUGAAGCCGGGCUCGGCGCUCGUGCUGACGGCCCGCUCCGGUGAUGAGCUGCGGGCUCUGCAGGCGGAGCUGACCGGCUCGGAGGCAGGCAGAGCGGGGCUGCGGGUGGAGAGUGUGGUGGCAGAUGUGGGACAGAUGGAGGGACUGCAGAGCGUGCUCCAAGCUGCUAAAGAGGCUUCUCCCGAGGACGUGGAUCACCUCAUACUGGUCAACAACGCUGGUAAGACCCAACCUGUGGAGCUGAUCCCCGAGCCACAACCAGCUAGCGGGAAACGUUUCCGCAACAUUGACUAA